GUAUCGACAGUGUUAAUUGUUAUUCUUGAAGCUCCACCUCCACAUUUUAUGUUAAUUUCAACGUUAUUCUGCGCUGCGUGUGGGACUGCUUUGUAGCCUAUCUGCGGCGGUCCAAUGUAAAUAGCCUUGGACAGCCACUAACUACACUGAGGGUAAACGGUGUUUGGAGAGAACGAAAUCGUGAUUAUCUGAUUAUGUUAUGUUGACAGCCAAGGAGCGCAUGUCUGUGAAUAUUUUAUCUAACAAAACCAGAGAAGAGGAACUCACCUUGUAUUUAAACAUGGGAGGUCAGAUAACAAGACAUACCCUAUACGAUUCUCUGGGUGGCCCCUUCCCCACCACAUCCCACCGCUAUCACCAUAAGCCCACCAAGCAAUGUCUGCCCGUCCUGCAGUGUGGGAGCAGCCUGUCCUCUUUUCCCCUGCUCUUCCACCCCAGUGCCAAGGGCUCCCAGAUCAUCAUGGACGUGGCCCAGAGGACCGUCAAGAGGCAGGCCAGCUUCUGCAAUGCCAUCACCUUCAGCAACCGGUCCAUUGCCCUGUACGAGCAGGUCCGCCUCAAGAUCACUAAGAAGCAGUGCUGCUGGAGCGGAGCCCUGCGUCUGGGCUUCACCUCCAAGGACCCGUCCCGCAUCAACCCAGACAACCUGCCCAAGUACGCCUGCCCAGAUCUGGUCUCCCAGAAUGGCUUCUGGGCCAAGGCCCUGCCCGAGGAGCUGUCCAAUGAGGGUAAUGUCAUCUCCUUCUGGGUGGACAAGAAGGGUCGUGUGUUUUACCGCAUCAAUGGCUCCAGCCCCAUGCUGUUCUUCAGCGGGGUCCAUGCCUCCGAGACACUCUGGGCUCUCAUAGAUGUCUACGGACUGACACGAGGGGUCCAGCUACUGGACAGUGAGAUGGUGCCUCUAGAAUGCCUGCGUCCUCGCUCCUUCACCACCGCCCACCGAGCAUCGCUACGGCGGGACCCAGAUGACCUUUCUAUUAGCCUGUGUGACCUCAGCCUCCAGCAGCAGGAGCAGGAGGAAGAGGAGCGCCUUCACCCCCUCAGCUCCACCUCUUGUUCCAUCCCCCAGAACUCCCUCAACUCCCAGCAGUGCUCCCUGCUCCCCUCGCUCCUCGACAGCGAUCUCCACUUCCACCCGCUCCGAGGCGCCCACAUCAAGGCCCUCGAUGAGCACACGGUGUCCCGGGGCGUGGAGCAUCGCAGCGGUGAUGAGAGGACCCUGGUGUUCACCAGCCGGCCCCUGCGUUGCGGAGAGAGCGUGUUCGUGAAAGUGACUAAGACGGGUGCCACACGUCUCGGUUCACUCUCCUAUGGCGUGACGUCGUGCGACCCGGCUUGGCUUCGUCCGAGCGACCUACCAUACAGCCCGGAGUCCCUGGUCGACCGCAAGGAAUUCUGGGCGGUGUGUCGGGUGGGGGCACCCCUGCAGAGUGGUGACAUCCUGGGUUUCGUGGUGAACGUGGAGGGGGAGGUGUUUCUGAGCCACAAUGGAAUCAACGCAGGGAUGCAGGUGUGUGUGGACAACUCCAGACCUCUGUGGAUGUUCUUCGGUCUGCAUGGAGCCGUCACACAACUCAAGAUCCUAGGCUCGUCUCUGAAUGCAGACCCUCGGGGACUGUCAAUUCCCAGCUCCCCCAACACCCCCACUCUGCGUUGCAGCGUCAGCUCCGAGCCCAACUUCAACUCCAACCUGAACAUCAACCUCAACACCAGCCUCAACGCCAGCAACCCAACAGCCUUCAGCAGCUCCACAGGUACGAGCCCCAGCUCGCCAUUCUCCAGCCACUCGGAAUCCCCCACCUUCCCAUCAUGCUCUGGCUCGUGGAGUGACGAGUGCACCAUCUGCUAUGAGAACGUGGUGGACACGGUGCUGUACGCCUGUGGUCACAUGUGUCUCUGCUACGCCUGUGGCCUCAAACUGAAGAAGAUGGCCAAUGCCAGCUGCCCGAUCUGCAGGAGGACAAUCAAAGACAUUAUAAAGACCUACCGGAGCACGUAGGAUCUGCCUGGCUGUGUAACAUCAAGGCUCAUUCAUCAAAGAAACCAUUGAGACGUAUUGUCUCAAUAUUGCUCAGCAACAUUAUGAGAUUCAGCAUCAUGCAGUUGGACCAUCAAAGAUAUCAGAAAAACAUGUUGGGAUAUGAAUACAUUGUAAAGAUUAACAGGAAGAGGUAAUGCUGGCCUCCAGUGUGUCACUGUGGCCCAGAUACUGGAUUGGGUUCAGCCACCAUGGAGCUGGACUUAACCAGGAGGGAUCUGGCUCACUCUCUGCAGAACAAUCAUCAUUCAUUCCACUGAUGAUAUCAUUGCUACUAGGAUGUUUCAGAGACAUGAAUCUCUCCAGAGCCUUGAAGGCAGCAAGGGGAAUUAUCUAUCUAUGGUUUUAUCAGCACCCUGGACCUAUCAUUCAGAAUGUUGCAGUUAUAAAUGUAUUGUACAGCACAGACAUUCAAUAUCAUGAAAGAUGGAGAAUUGUGUCUGUUAGGGUUGUGACAGUCAUUGAAUUUUGGAUAACGGUAUUUGGCCAGCCAAAUGACCGCAGUCACCAUAAUGACAAAUUUAGACUGACUUUUUAUCCACCGCCCAUGAUUGCAUGUGCUCUCACAUAAUUGAAUGAAUUGAACGGGCUUCGCCAUUCAUGUCAGUGAUGACAUAAUAGGUGGAGGGGCAGCCAUUGUGAGUGUACCAAUAGGAGCAAAGCAGGAAGUAAAAUAUGUGCUGUGAUUUGUUGAUUCAACUGAACUGACAUUACAUGAGCCACAUCAGUUAACAUAAUUUAAAUGAACAUUCUGCAUUACCAUGAAAAUUAUUGCAUCCCAAUACCAGGCAGUCAUUGCGAGUAGUGUACCCAUGAGUUCACCAGUCAAAUUGCCAGGGUUUAAGGUUACAAGCCCAUUAUAUUCCUUCUAUGUCUAUGUGUCCUGCUGCUGCAUUGUGGGGGGUGUUGCCUAGGCAACCAAAUCCUAAUUUGCUUGUUUCAGAAAGUUGUUAAGAGUCCACGUUACAUCCGAAACGGACUCAACCGCAUGAAUGCCCUUCCGUCCCAUUUUCAGUCAGCAGUUCGUUAUGACAGUUAUUUUAUUUUCAUAACGGUCUUCAUACACAACUGUCAGUUAUACAGUAAUUGUGGCAGCCCUAGUGUCUGUACAAUUCAUUUCCAUCUGUGACGCUCUGAAUGUUCCGCCUGGUUGAAUAAUAACGUUACCCUUUGGACAAGUGACUCAUGAAUGAAGAGGACAUGCAGUUUUUAGUUUGUUUGGUUGGAGAAGAAAGUGAAAGAUAUUGCCAUGAAUAAGGGAUGGUGUAAUCAGAGGAAGUAUUUUACCGGUGAAAAGUAAGGAAUAUAGUAAUUAGCUGUGUGCCUAUGUUGCAUGAAUAAUCCCUUACAUGCAUUCUCUACCCAGUCUCAAAGACACUGUAGGGAAGAUCACAUGCAGGCAAAAAUGUGAAAAUACAGUCAGCUGGUCACCAUAGAAUGUUAUAGAUUCAAGAUGGAUAUAAAUCUAUGUGGAUAGAGCAGGGGUGUCAAACUCAUUUUGCCCCGCGGGCCGCAUUCGGUUUUCAACAAGGUCCCGAUGGCUCCACUGAAAAUGUGUUAUUUCCUUACCAUCUUUUGGAAUUUUCAAUGCUCCUUGACUGUCUAGCUUUAAUUUAGAUGAUUAUUAGCGAACUGGACACAGUAAAAAAAAAAACUGUAUGAAUGUAGAUUCAUUAUCAUUUAUACACAGUUUCGAUUUGUUAUAUUGAGUUUGUCCUGUCCGUCUGUCCCCCAACAUGUUUUGUUACUCAAACCACCUGCGGGCUGGAUUGGAUCCCCCAUAGGCUGUAUGUUUGACAUCCCUGGGAUAGAGGAUGUUCUGUGUAUAGUGAGGGAGACGUGACCAUAGACUUCGUUACACAGUGUAGGGGCACUUUGGUCCUGUGUGUGUGUCUGCACAAUGUUCAGUGCACAGAAACCCUUAGCAAAGACGCAUCAUAUAUACGCAACAUAUAUCAAUACUCUAACUGUCUGAAGGGUCGUAAAAUGCUGACUCUAUUGUAUACAGCCAUCUUCCUGAUUAUCUUCUAACUAUCUCUGGUUAAUUAUUGUGCCAUUUCCUGGGUGUAUUGGAAGUAAUCGCAGGUUGAAGUUUAUUGGGAUGAGUCUUGUCCUUCAGGCAGAACUGAGCGAUUUCCACUAGAUGGGAAAACUCCAAAGUCAAAAUUCAUGAACACAAAACUGUGACCCACCACCUUGUAAAAGCAUUGUGUUUUUUACAUUGGUAGAGACUCAGAGCUAAAAAGGUUUUAUAUCAUACACUGCAGUUGAGGAACAAUUGGAAAGUAAUUGUGCUUUGAAAGUCGAUGAACUUGUAUCCCCACUUUUGAGAAAAUAGCCUUAGAUUAUUUUGGUACACCUACUGGAGAGCUCUUCUAUGUCUACACCCAUUCAGCAUCGUUCACACACUCCUAAGCCUUAGACCCAUCUCUUUAAAGAUUCACGUGUGAGGCUGUGCUAAACAGAGUGAGUAAGGUUGUGUAGUAAACAACCAAAGAUUAAGACUAAAAGUAUAGAAAGUAGUUAUGUUAUUGCGGGUGUAGCGAAAUGCUUGUGUUUCUAGCUCCGACAGUGCAGUAAUAUCUAACAAGUAAUAUCUAACAAUUUCACAACAAAUACUCAAUUCACACAAAUCUAAGUCAAGUAAUGAUGAAUUGUGAAUAGAAAUAGAAAUGUCCUUGUAUUUGAAAGAAAAGCAAAAAAAUGUGUCCAUUAAUAUAACAUCAAAUGGAUCAGAAAUACAGUGAUUACAUUGUUAAUGUUGUAAAUGACUAUUGUAGCUGGAAACAGCUGAUUUUUUAAAUGGAAUAUCUACAUAGGCGCACAGAGGCCCAUUAUCAGCAACCAUCACUCCUGUGUUCCAAUGACACGUUGUGAUAGCUAAUCCAAGUUUAUAAUUUUAAAAGGCUAACCAACUAAGUUAAUAACUAUAACUAGCAAUGCAAAUGUCUUUCUGAGGAAAGUCAGUUGAUUAUUUACAAUUAAGGCUUACACCAGCCAAACCUGGAUGAUGCUGGGACAAUUGUGCGCCACCCUAUGGGACUCCCAAUCACGGCCUGAUGUGAUACAGCUUGGAAACAAACCAGGGACUGUAGUGAUGCCUCUUGCACUGAGAUGCAGUGCCUUAGACCGCUGCGCCACUCAGGAGCAAAAAUAGGAAUAUUAAAAGGACUUUCUGACUAAAUUAGAAACGUAGAAUAUCUGAAAAUGUAAUUAGACACUUACCCUUAUACAUGGAUGAACGCUUCUCCCUCACUGUCAUGGAUUUCAUGGUUGCCCUUAGUUUGAAGAUGUAAUCCAGAGACAGGGGUUUUAUACAACAGCCUUCUGUGUUCUCUAUUCAACUCCCACCGCAUUUGCAAUCAUACUCUGCUUCCACCGGGCAUUCCACUGAACAACACUGUUGAUCUACAUUAUUUUCCCCAUCACUGUCAUCAUAUUUUUACCGAAAUCAGGGAUUUCCUCAUUGUCUGAUUAAUUUUCAGAGUCAGCAUGGCAUGAUUGUUCUCCAGAAAGUACUCCAUCACAACUUUUUCCCGUUGAUCUUUGUCAAUAGUUUUAUGUUAUCCAAAGUUACUCCUUGGCACCCCUGUUAUCCAAGGUACUGUACUUUACUGUUCUAAUGAUUGUUACAAAACCAUGCUUGAGCUUCGUUCUCUGUUACUGUAAGGUUGCAUGCGUCCAUCAAUAUUGUUAUGGUAAAGGUAACCUCGUCCCCAGAAUAAUUGCAAAAGAGCCGGCUGGUGGACAAUAUUAUAGUAAAGGAAAAAGGAUUUCUCCACUGUUCCCCGGGGAACCGAAGACGAAGAUGUCGAUUAAGGCAGCCCCCCCACACCUCUGAUUCAGAGGGGUUGGGUUAAAUGCUGAAGACAUAUUUCAGUUAAAUGCAUUCAGUUGUACAACUGACUAGGUAUCCCCCUUUCACUCUUUCAGUGAGAAAUUCCCUGUGUGAUAUAUAUAAUGCUUUCAUGCUUUGUGUUUUUGCUGUUUACACAGGAAACUGUAAACAUCUGUGUCAUCACAUGUGUGGAAGUCAUGGAUCUAGCUAGCUGAUUAUUGUUGCACAGUGUGUGAGCUUUAGACUUGAAGUGCUGCUUUCUGUAUUUUAGGCAAAUCCUUUUAACAAACUAAUCUUUAAGUUCUCAUAAUACAGUGUUUUUAAUCUAAAAUGUUUAAAAGACAACAAUGGUCAUGUAUAGAGGAAAAACAAGCCAUUUUUCAGGUUCAUAAAAAAAAGUGAAUUAUAUGUACAUUUUCUUAAAGAAUGUGUUGGUUCAUGGUGUCAACAUGUUCCAUCUCAUCCCUCUGUUACGGAAACUGAUCAAGAUUGAAUAUGAUAGAAUAGUAUAUCCUUGUGUGCCUUUUGGAGAAGGGAACUUUGAUCAGUUACAACACUGUAAAAUGUUCAGGCAAAUUAAUAUUCAGAUGAAUACCCAUUUCACUCCUACAUGGGAAUGAAGACUUAUGUAAAUUACACAUCCCAUCUAUUUAUGUCAAAAUUUGGUGUUUAAAAGCCGACAUUUGAGUGUGAGUAAUGUGUGUAUGAAGUUAUUCAGUGCUGUUAAUAGACACUGUCUAAAUAACACAAGUCCCCCGAUGUCAUUGUAUUGCAUAAUACUGGAAUUAUAUUGGCUCGAGAAGUGGUCCGCUUUGAUUUUUCUAGUGGUUCAGGUUUUCUGAACACGUUAGUAUAUACAGAGAUCAACCAUGGAGACAUUUUAACAGAGAAAAAGUAUGAUAAUGAUAUUGUGUUGUACAGUACGAUCAUUAUUUAUUUUGUCAAUCAUAUUAUUAAUUAUUAUGUUUGUUUUAUAUAUUGUACAGGAUGUCAAAAAUAACAAAUAAAUGUAGAGGUCUUGUCAAUUGUUUCAUUUCCAGAGGUAAAAAUAAAAAAGUUAACCUGCUGUACAGUGUGGGUUGAAAUAUGAUUUUAGCCAAAAAGGUCUUUCCCAAAGACACUAGUUUUAGUCCUCUCCAAUUUUACGAAUGUUCAAUCUUAUAUUGCAACAUGUGUUGUACUGAAACAUGGACAAAAUGCACUCUCUCACACAAUUUCUUCAUCCCUUUAUUUUAUAUUCAAUAUCUAACUGUAAAAUGGGACCAAAUAUUUACAGUCCAGGCACAGCCAUAUGAGACAGGGUAGAAGUAUUGAUUUUUGAAGCAGAAAUCAAGUCAUUGUUUGUUCUUUCUACUUUCAAUUGAUCAUUUUGUCAAAAAAUCCCUCUGUGUGUACAAUAAUUAUUAAGAUCAUUUUCUGAGUUGCAACAUCAUGUUCACUGUGUGAGUCAGAUGGACAUGACUUUCAAUAAAGUUUAAGUGGUGUUAAAAAGC